UCUUUAACCCCCCCAAUCUCUCCGUGACUGUCUCACUCACCCCACCACCCAACUCUUCACUCCCUCUCCUGCGCCUCUCCUUGCUGUUUCUAUAUUUAUCCACAAAAAAAUAUCAUAUCCUCCACACUCUCUCCCUACUCUCCUGUCCCCAACCCUUACUCUCAGAUGGCUUCCUUCUCUUCCCAUCUCUCUCUCCUCCUCCUCCUCCUCCUAACCCUAACCCUAGCAGCGGCGGAGGAGGAACGGAAAUCCACAACUGCCACCGCUUCUUCCGAGAAGAGGAAGACGUACAUCUUCCGCGUGGACCGCCGAUCUAAGCCGUCUAUUUUCCCCACCCAUUCCCACUGGUAUGCCUCCGCGGCGUUCGCCGGCGGCGGGGACCCUCUCCCACUCCUCCACGUCUACGACACCGUCUUCAACGGCUUCUCCGCUUCCCUCCACCCCGACCGCGCCGCCGAACUCGCCCGCCACCCGGCCGUCAUCGCCGUCUUCGAGGACCGCCUCCGCCGCCUCCACACCACCCGCUCCCCCCAGUUCCUCGGACUUCGCACCCAGGUCGGCCUCUGGUCCAACUCCGACUACGGCUCCGAUGUCAUCGUCGGCGUCCUCGACACGGGCGUCUGGCCCGAGCGCCGGAGCUUCUCCGACCGCAACCUCGGCCCUGUCCCCUCCCGCUGGCGGGGCGCCUGCGAGACUGGACCUGGCUUCCCUGCCUCCCUCUGCAACCGUAAGCUCGUCGGCGCCCGCUCCUUCUCCAAAGGCCACGACUCCAACGCCGCCGUCGGUGGUGCCGGCAUCAACGGGACCGUCGAGUUCCGCUCUCCCCGUGACGCCGACGGCCACGGCACCCACACCGCUUCGACCGCCGCCGGCCGCUACGCCUUCCGCGCCAGCAUGUCCGGUUACGCCGCCGGCGUCGCCAAGGGCGUCGCCCCCAAGGCCCGGAUCGCGGCCUAUAAGGUCUGCUUUAAGGGCGCCGGCUGCUUCGACUCGGACAUCCUCGCCGGCUUCGACCGCGCCGUCGCCGACGGCGUCGACGUCAUCUCCGUCUCCAUCGGUGGCGGCGAUGGCGUCGCCGCCCCCUACUACCUCGACCCCAUUGCCAUCGGCUCCUAUGGCGCCGUCUCCAAAGGGGUUUUUGUCUCCUCCUCCGCCGGCAACGACGGCCCCACCGCGUUGUCGGUCACCAACCUUGCCCCCUGGCUGACAACCGUCGGCGCCGGCACCAUCGACCGGACCUUCCCCGCCGAGGUCGUCCUUGGCGACGGUCGCCGGCUCGCCGGGGUCUCUAUCUAUUCCGGCAAGCCCCUUGCCGCCGGUGCGAUGCUCCCCGUGGUGUACCCGGGCAAGUCCGGCGGUCUCUCCGCCUCCCUCUGCAUGGAGAACUCCCUGGAUCCCAAGCUGGUUCAGGGCAAGAUCGUGAUCUGCGACCGUGGCAGCAGCCCCCGCGUCGCCAAGGGGGUGGUCGUCAAGGAGGCUGGUGGCGCUGGGAUGAUCCUCGCCAACGGCAUCUCCAAUGGCGAGGGCCUCGUCGGCGACGCCCAUGUGCUGCCCGCUUGCUCCGUCGGGUCCGACGAGGGCGACGCCCUCAAGGCCUACGUCUCCUCCGCUGCCAACCCCACGGCCACCAUUGCAUUCAAGGGGACGGUGGUCGGGGUGAAGCCCGCUCCGGUGGUGGCCUCCUUCUCCGGCCGCGGACCGAACGGUCUCAGCCCAGAGAUCCUCAAGCCGGACCUCAUCGCCCCGGGGGUCAACAUCCUCGCCGCGUGGACCGACGCCGUGGGGCCCACGGGGCUGGACUCCGACGGCCGGAAGACGGAGUUCAACAUCCUCUCUGGGACCUCUAUGGCGUGCCCCCACGUGAGCGGCGCGGCGGCGCUCCUCAAGUCGGCGCACCCGGGGUGGAGCCCGGCGGCGAUCCGGUCGGCGAUGAUGACCACGGCGAGCCUCGUGGACAACCGACAAAAGCCGGUGACCGACGAAUCGACCGGCGGGGCCGCGACGCCGUUGGACGUCGGGGCCGGGCACCUGAACCUCGACCGGGCCAUGGACCCCGGCCUGGUGUACGACCUCGGGGACCAGGAUUACGUGGCCUUCCUCUGCGCUCUGGGUUACGGGCCGAAUGCGAUCCAGGUGAUCACCCACGCGCCGGCGAGCUGCCCAGCGAAGCGGCCGGCGGCAGAGAACCUGAACUACCCUUCGAUGUCGGUGGUGUUCAACGGGAUGGCAGGUGGCGCCCAGAGCAAGACGGUGGUGCGGACGGUGACGAACGUGGGAGCGAAGGCGGAGGCGGUGUACAAGGCGAAUGUGGAGGUGGUGGGGAAGGGGUUGACGGUGAAGGUGAAGCCCGCGAAGCUGGAAUUCACGGCGGGGGUGAAGAAACGGAGCUUCGCGGUGAUGGUAACGGCGACUGGGGACGGAAACCGUGCAGACGGAGGGGUGGGUUACGGGUAUCUGACGUGGUCGGAUGGGACUCACGAGGUCCGGAGCCCUAUCGUGGUCUCGCGGAUCCAGCCCUUGUGAUGCCGGGAAGACGGUGGGUGGGUGGGGAGACCGGCCGGGCUGCGUAUUAAACCGUAUCUGGUCCAGUGCGGUCCGGUCCGGGUGGGACAAAUGUCUCGAAGACAUCUGCGAGUAGUGAAAAUGUGAGAGAUUAUUAAAAAAAAAAAGAGGGGUAAGAUUGCGAGGAAGAGAGAGUGGGUAUAGUGUUGUAAGCUUUUGGAGUUUGCUACUUUGUUUAUUGCUCUCGUGGUGGGGCUUGACCUCAAGGAUGGAGGGCCGGUUGGAUGUUCAGUAUGUGAUCUUGCACUACUAAGACGUCUUAGUCUAGUGUGACAUUUAAUUUUGGCUUGACACGUGCAUGACACGUGCGUGAUAGGAAAAAGAAGUAUUUUUCCUUUAUGCA